AUACUUGAGCUGUGUUGGCGGCGGCGUCGUUUUAAUUGUCGUUGACGAGCUACAAUCACAUCCAGUCCCCUUAUUUGGCAAGGAUGGCAUCCUCAGCGUCAACACUACGCCGCGUAGAGGCACCACUGCGGCGCUCUCUCACGCGAGCUGUGGCUUCGAGCAGUCGAGGCUAUGCCACUAUUCCCACAGACUCCAAGUCCCCGACCUCACAGCCCAUCACCACAACAACGUCUUCAUCGUCGUUGUCCUCCUCCUCCUCUACGCCUUCAGGGACGAGCGUACGACCGACAUAUUUCAAGAAUACCACCGUCCUCUCCCUCGAUUCUUUCCUUGCCAAGCGCGAAGAAGAAAACCUCCCCAGCUCCGAGGCUUACGAGCUGCGCACUGCCCAGGUCGGGCCCGCCGGCCGCAAGAAGACGAUUACCCGCAUUCCCAAGUGGCUCAAGACGUCCAUCCCUUCUCCCGGCGCCAACUCCAACUACGGCAAGAUCAAGGCCGACCUCCGCGGCCUCAACCUCCACACCGUCUGCGAGGAGGCCCGCUGUCCCAACAUCGGCGAGUGCUGGGGCGGCGACAACAAGUCCGCCGCCACCGCCACCAUUAUGCUCAUGGGUGACACCUGCACCCGCGGCUGCCGCUUCUGCAGUGUCAAGACGAACCGCAAGCCCCAGCCUCUCGAUCCCCACGAGCCUGAGAACACCGCCGAGGCCCUCGCCAGGUGGGGCUUGGGCUACGUCGUGCUCACUAGCGUAGACCGAGACGACCUCGCUGACGGCGGUGCAAGGCACUUUGCCGAGACCAUCCGCAGGAUCAAGAGCAAGAAACCCACCCUGCUGGUAGAGGCGCUGACGGGAGAUUUUAUGGGCGACCUCGACAUGGUCAGGCUCGUUGCCGAGAGCGGGCUGGACGUCUACGCCCACAAUGUGGAGACGGUCGAGGGCCUGACGCCCUACGUUAGGGACCGCAGGGCUACGUUCAAGCAGAGCUUGAAGGUGCUGGAGGAAGUGAAGAGGCUGAAGGGAGACGAUAUCAUCACCAAGACGAGUAUCAUGUUGGGUCUGGGCGAGAUGGAGGAGGAGAUCUGGGAGACAUUGAGAGAGCUGAGAAAGGUAGGCGUCGAUGUCGUCACCUUUGGGCAGUAUAUGCGCCCGACGAAGCGACACCUCAAGGUCGAGAAGUAUGUCACGCCUGACGAGUUUGAAUACUGGCGGCAGAGAGCCCUAGACAUGGGCUUUCUCUACUGCGCCAGCGGGCCCCUGGUGCGCUCAUCGUACAAGGCUGGCGAGGCUUUCAUCGAGAACGUCCUGCGGAAGAGGGCUGGAGAGAAGGCUGUGGCCGCGGCUCGGGGACUGGAUGAGGCUGUUAUUUCGGGACAGGACAAGACGAGCUCGCUGUGAUGUUCGUGACGAAUUGACCAGACACUUCAUUCAAGUCGUGCUCGUCACUUGUCCUGUAUUCUUAUUACUUUUUGUUUUCUCGGCACAAGGGAUAUUGGGAGGUAGGAUUUGCAUACUGGACUCGGCGCAACUCUGGCGGCAUGGGAGGGAAUUCCGGACUGGACCAGUGAUUCAACAGCCUGUGUAGGAGGGCAGUACGCAAAUAGCAAUAGCAUGGAGAAGAUGAACUACCAAGAGGGCAGAGCGAAUUUCAACACCGGCAUAUAUCUGCCAAGUUCCAAGCG